AUGUCCGAGAAGGAAUGGAACGCUGUCAUCCGCAACAAUAACCUUUUGAGUGCUCAUCGGCUGGUUUUUUCGAAUCUGGGGCGACUAACCGAUGGAUCGAAGAAGGUCAAGUUUCGCAGAAUUGAGCGUGCUCCCUAUAGUGCCUUCGUUCUAAAACCCAGGAAAUUCGCGUCGCAUGAAAUACUCGACGCAGAUGUCAAGGUCGAAGUUAGUCUCGGCAACCCUUGA